AUGACUCAUAACGGAACAGUUCAAGUUGAAUCUUCAUGGGUUGAAGAAGUCAGAAAGAAGGUUCUGCAAGAGGUUUGCUUCCGAUUUAAUCGUUUCUUCAACUCUAAUGUAUUGUAAAAGGGUUUGAAGUCACACAUAGCGAAUAGUGAAAAAAAAAACAAAGACUUCAGUUGGAAAAUUUAAUAAAAAUGGAAAAAAAAGGACAGUAGGCUUAUCGAUAACAUUCCUCACUAUGCUUGGCAGGAAGAGAACCGGAAACGAAUGACAGAGACACGAGCUUCGAUGGGAGGCGACGUCGAGUCGACGCUUCGAUCUCUCGAUUCGACUCUCAAAAAGACGACGGCGUUCAUGAAGAAGGUGAAGGCGUUGAACGCGGCCGCGGUCGUCGGCCUCAUCGAAGAACUCGCCAAACUCAACCUCUCCAAGUUUGUCGAGGAAAUGGCGAUGGUUCGUGUUUCUUUCUGAAAACAGUCGGCAAAAAUAAUUUUCUGGAAUUUGUAAAAUCCCUAGGCUUGCCCGUGUUUUCGAGGCGUGAAACGCAUGUAUUUUUGUGCACAGUGUUCGUUUCAAUUUUAUCUAUGUCAUGUCUUUCAGCGUUCGCCCAGAUAGAUUUUCAGAAAAAUGAAACUCAAAAUAGUAGUUGUCAAGCUGGAUUUCGAUAUUAGGAAGUUCAAAACUCUUCAAAAAAGUUCGUCAUAUUUCUUUUCAACAUCCAGCAAGCUGUUAAGAGUGAGAGGGAAAUGAUAUUGAAGGUUUUUCUGAUAAUAACUCUUAAUUGCUGUCAAAAGAGGAAAAAAUAUUAUUUUUCCACCAUGAGGCUCUUAAUUUAUUUUCUUCUGUAAUUCAUAAGCAUGUAUAAAUUCUGCUAGGAAAGUUUUUUUCGAAACAUUCAUUUCUAUAAAUGUAUUAGGAUUUUUUUGGUUGAAGUAUUCUUCUGUUUUUUUGACAACAUCCGAUGCUGAUUGUUUUUUUGUUUCUUAUCGCUAUGGAAAUUAGGGGAUCGCCGAAACGAAGCUGAAAGUGUCCGACAUCAUGCCGGUCGUCGAGUUGUGUGUGGCCAUCUCCGCCCGUUAUCCCACUUUCGGCGAACUUUUUGAUCGGUGAGAAGUUAUCAAAUCAAUUCAUAAUUCAUUUUUUUGUGUUAGUCAAAUCGAAUUGUGAAAAUAAAACAAGAAGACUUUUUUUAGAAAACUAUUUUAUUAUUUGUAUAUUUUAUUGAUUUCUUUCAUUAAUAUCAUUUUGAAAAUUAAUGUAGAAGUCAUAUUGUGAGAAUUUUUUUCUUGAGGAAAUUUAUUUUGAAUCCAUCUUUCAGGACAACUUAAAAAAUCGCUUCCGUUGAAAAGAGCGGACAAAGUCGGGAAUGUAGCGAAGCUUCGCAUAGACAUUAUGUGAGUUUCGAGGUUUUUGAUCGUUUAAUAGUGAAUUUUCUGGCUUAAUAGAUUCUUUCAGAUUCCUGGCUGAACUAACGCUGUCUGGCGUGUUUUUCGAGAAAGAAGGUCUGCAGAUCCUGAGCGGAGUUCUGGGUUUCCUGGUGCAGACCGACAAGACCGAACACGUCAACGUCGGGCUUCUGGUGACGGUUUGCCGCAACGUUGGCUGGCAGAUCGCCGGACUCGUUCCACAGCCGGUGGCCCUCUCUGCCGCCCAAAUCUCCUCGAUUUACGUUGGUACGUGGUUUUUCUUGAGGGAAUUCAAGACAAAAUGAGUGAAAUUCGAGAAGCGAUUAGUUUGAUUGUAUUUAGAGCUAAAAUAUAUUUUUAUUUUUGUGAGUUUUACAUUAUGUAUACAGGAGAGAAUUUUGGCGUUCUCGUUGUCUUCUGGAAGCAUUUUCUUUUCGAAAUCCUCUAUUUGGCUCAGAUUUUCAGCUGACUUGCCGGUGCCUAAGGCCAUUACCAACGAGCAGAAAAAGGCGAUUCACGACCUUCUGAUGAGCUACCACGCAAGCUUGCUCAAACGCGUGGAAAAGGCCUGCGCGGCGAGAAAUUCGGCACAGAAAGUCGUGAAACGGCAGCAAAGGACUCGCGGCGACGCCGGCGAUGAGGAGAAGCAGAUUCUGAGUGCCAGGCAGAAAGAGUUCGACGAAGCCAGGAACUUGGUCCGUCCUCUCAAAAUCUCUAUGAUAAUUAGAACUUCCUCACAACUUUUUGAGUUAUUUUUGAAACAUUCCAUUAUUUAUCUCAAACGCGCUUCUUAUGUCCAUAAAGAUACUGCUGAUAGUCCUUGCGUGAAUUUUCAUUUUGAGAAGUCAAUUAUAAAAACUCGCUACAAAAGGAGGCUUGAAAACUUAAUUUUUUUUAACUCGGAAAAGUAAUAGUUUCAAACCGAGAAGUUUGCGCGGGAAUUAAUAAUCUCCAUUUUCAAAUACUUUUUGAGCAAAUUUGUAGAAAAUUCAAGAAGGAAGGUUCGAGCGUUCUCUGUUUGUGAAUGUGUUGAUCUCCGAAAAUGAAAAAUAAGGGGUUUUUUGUAGGCACUGGAACUUUCGGCUGCACUGGGAGUGACUAUGAAAGAAAUGAAAGAGGAACAAAGUGAUGACGAGGAAGAUGAAAUGGCUGCGCAGGAGGUCCGAAAGCUCCCUUUCAAACAUUUUUCAAUGGCUUUCAGCUUCGACAAGCUCUUGCUGGCGGCGUUCUUUCGCUGUGGCCCGAUGAGGAAACCAAAGUUUUUUAUGAGAAUCUCAUCGACAUCCGGAAAUUCGUGCCCAAGGCCUUAUACAAGGUACAUAGCGAUGGAAUGAUCUCGAUUACAAAUUUUAUUUCUAAGGACUCUGAAAACCGAACUGUGGAGAAAAAUAAAAUGGAGAGCAAUAUUGAGGACGUUGACGUUGAUGAUAUCAAUGAAGCCGGAGAAAUUGACGAUUUGGCCAGGUGAUUUUGGACUUGAAUUUUUCAAAAAAAUUGGCAACGUAUUUAAAAAAAUCUCAAAAAUAAUAAAUAAAAUAAAUAAAUUGUCGGGAAGUUUUUUUAAAACAGUAAAAUAAUAUGUAAAAGUUUAUUUUUUUCCCCUCGCCCUAACUUCAGAAUUUUUUUAGCGUAUUUUUUUCAUUUUUGUUUUCGUGACCCCAUGAAGCAACUGUUCCUGCUGUGAUGUCGUUUUCACAGGAACAAAAAAAAAUGCAAUUUUUUCGAAUUUUCUGAAUUCAGUAUGUAAAGGGCUAUGAGAACUUUAAUUUUUUUAUGAAUAUCUGUGUAACAUCUUGUGAACUGGAAUUGAAGGUUGAGGUCGGCGAGCCCGGAAAGCAAAUUUUCGAGCCGAGAGUCGAGUCCAAUUCGCGAUCUUCUUCAGAACGUCGAAGGCGUCAACGAAGAUGGCAAGGCGAAAUGGGCGGUUUUUUGACAAAAAAGUCCGAAAAAGGGAAACAAUUGAUUUCGCAGAAAUUCAAUCUAUACUUGGAUCAUUUGGUUAGCAAGGACCUCACAGACAAGGCUGCGCAUUUCUUUGUCACCGAUUUGAAUAACAAGGUAGAUAAGGUGAAGAAAAGAUUUCUCGUAGCAUCGCUUCCAGACAAAUCGCAAAAAGUUGGUCAAAGUUCUGACAACGCCGCCGCCCCACCGAAUGGACUUGGUCCCUUUUUUCGCCCGACUUAUUUCCACUUUGGAGCUUGUGAUGCCAGAUGUCACCUGCGAGAUCGUCAAUUCUCUCAUUUCUCAGUUCAGGUCAGCUAUCACUUUUUCGAAGGAAAUCCUCGUGAAAGUACUCUUUUGAGUUAUGAGAAGAGGUCAUUUCACUUCGCGGUUGAGAAUUUUCUGAAAACUGGCCAGAGAACUUCUUGAUGUACCAGAUAAAGAUUCUGAAAGUCUCAACCUAAACAACUUCCUAGUUUUCGAGAAAUGAUAGAUUAAAGCCCCAAAAUAGCCUAUUUUUAAGGGUUUUGAGAGUUUUCAUCGACUUUGAGGCGUAUUCUCCCCAAAACGAGGAACUUUCGCAGGUUGAGACUAUCAGAAUCUUCUUCUGGUACAUCAAGAAGUAUUCUGGCCAACUUUCACGAAAAUCCCUACCGCAAAGUAAAAUGACCACCAGUAACUGUUUCAAGUUUUUCUUUCAGCUUAUUUUUCGUGCUUGUCUUUUUUUCAAUAUUUUUUCGGAGUAUCUCGUGAGAAUUUUAUUACAGAGGUUUAAUGCAAAAAACUGGUACGGAACGGGUAGAAGCGAAGAUGAGUUGCGUGAUGUUAAUAGCGGAGCUGGUUCGUUUUUUUAUUUGGAAAUCUUACGUUAGUGGAAUGAGAAUCAGACAAAAAUGCUCAUUUCGUCUAAAGUUAAUCUCUUUCCCUUAAUUUAUAAGAUGUGUGCUAUAGAGAGGUCAACUUCUCUAGAGGCUUCUAUUCUAUUUCGGACCUUUUUCUCUUGUUUUCCUGACCACACAAGUUUUAAUAGGUUUUACAUCUCUUGCAAAAAUAUAACUUUUUUAUCAAAUAAAGUCAUGUUCUAUCAAUCUUUUUUGAUCAUUUCAUUUUUUGAUUUUUUAGAUGAAGUUCGGUGUGAUUCCACGGGCGGAGGGCCUGAGUUGCUUGCGGCAACUCGUGUACGAUUUGCGUGGCCAUGCGGUCGAAAUGGCGGCGACGAUGCUCGAGGCUGGCGGAAUGUACCUCUACAGGUUUAUCCUACUCUAAUUCUAUAUACAAAGAUCUAGACAGUAUUUUCGGAUAACUCCAUCAAAUACAUGGUAUAACGAAGUAAAAUGAAAUUUUUUGUCUGAAAACAAAGGAAAAACCUUUUGGCUAGUCUAGAGAGCGAGAUGCAGGAAGAAUUUCAUCGAAUUUCAAAAUUUCAUCUCUUUGUUUCUCAUAUUUUCCCACAUUGGUGUUUCGAAUGCGCAGGUGAUUUUUUUUGAUUCAAAAUUGAAUCUCUCAUCUGAGCUGAAAAAAUAGAUGAUGUCUCGAAAUCUGCUCACAAAUGUACUUGAUGCUCAGCCUCGGACCUAUAAUCAAAAUUUCCUUUCUAAUCAGAUCAUUUUUUCUCAGAAACACUGACAGUCAUCCAAAAAUGAAGCGGCUACUAGAGGUGGUCAAAGCCAAGCGCGACAGGAUGAAAGACCCCCGUCAAGUGGUAUCAAAUCUAAGAAGUCUUCGAAAUCGCUUCUGACGAAUCCAGAUGUUGAUCGACAACGCCUACUUCUGCUGUGUCCCUCCGGAGGACGGCGCAACGAAGAGUCGGCUUCAGCCCGAAGAACCGCUCAUGAAGCGCUUCAUUCGACAUUUGGUCGUCGACAUCACCGAACCCACUGUCGAUUCUCAUUUGCGAGGCUUCCGACGUAUCGACUGGGCCGACAAGGAGAUUUCCGGUGAGUGGAAUUCGGCGGUGAUGUGGAAAAAUAAGGAUAAUAUUCAAAAAAUCACAUUUUUUAAAAUCUCAUUUCAUUGAAUUCAGGACGGUGACCUGAGGGGGUUUUUUUUUUGACAGAGGGGCUUUCAAUUGAGACUAAUUUGGGUCCAGUUUUCGAAUAUGUGCUUGAAGUAACUUUUUUUCAGAGGCCUCCUCGGUAGCUUUCAAACACAGCUAGGAAUCACCGUAAAAACUGCAUAUAUCAGGAGAUAUAUUAUUAUAGAAAAUCUCUCCUUUAGCUGAGAUCAUCUACUGGUGAGGACGAACUAAAUUUCUUAAAAAGGAAACCAAAUUUGGUUUGCAAUUUAAUAUGAUCGAAAGCCAAUCGACCGUUCUUUCGCCUUUUUCAAUUCUGUAGUUUUUUUUAGUUAUGAUCUCUGGCAAUUAACCUGGAGUUUACUUUUGUUCUUUCCUCAGAUUUUGUCCUGCGUUGUAUCUCCUCGCCUUGGCUGGUUCCGAUGGAGAACCUGCCGCAUUUGGCGAGUGCCGUCGCCGGAUUCGCCACGCUUUCCAGUUUCGGCUGGGUCGGCGUGGCGGUCGUCGACUCGGUUGUAGAAACAAUCAGGUGAAUCCGGAGACCUCGACGUCGUCCACUGUGUUGGCUCAGACUUUCCUUGGAAGUUCCGGGGGUCUUCAAUCAAUGGGCCCACGCCUCCGUUGUCUACCUCGGCGAGCUCUUCAACUAUAAUCUUUGCGACAGUGACCUUGUUCUCAAGGUAUUUAGCCUUCACAAGUCACUUAUUCAUAUAUUGCUGUCCAUACGGUUAGAAAAGUUUUGUUUUAUGUCUUUAUAGUCGCUCCUAGUAUGUAGUUAGAAGUUUUAAAAUAAACAAACUUGUGUUGAAGCAUAGGCCGCAAGGUUUAUGCUUUCCUUUUUUGUAAUAAUACGAGAAAAAUAGUUUUUAAUCUUAUUCGAAUUGGUCACUAGCUUUAAAAUCAUAUUUUAAUGUCAAAUUUGAUUCCUUUUGAUGUCUUCGGUUUUUGAAGAUCUCAAACUUUAAAACAAACAAGAAGAUUCAAAUUCAGGUCCUCUAUCAAAUCAUCUCGUUCCAAGAGGCCGAUCAGCUGUCGUGGCAAGACCUUUACCGUAUCCGAAUGGUGUGCGCCUUGGUCAAGACCUCUGGAGAAUUCUUCCAAAAAGGCUCGCUGCGAAACAAGAUGGAAGGCUUUCUGACCUACUUCCAUCGUUUCUACUUCUUUAAAAAAGAGAUUUGGACCCAGGCUAUGACGAAAGCCAUGACUUUCUCCCCUGUAGAUGAAUCUGCCGCGACGGCGUCGACAAGUGCGAACGUUCAGACCAAGUAGUUCAGUGUGGUGUGAAGACUUUAACAGAGAUUCUUAAAGGUUUCCGUUCGAUAUUGAAACGGCUUUCGCCGAGAUGUGCAAGAUGUUCCGAAAGACGAAGUUCCCGAAGACGUUGGAACAAGCCGAAGCGGCCGUCGUAGAGCUUGAGAAUUCGCUUAAACCCAAGGUACGUUGAUCAGAGAGCUUUUAUGUAAAGUAGCAGCUUUUUGUGAAAAAUUUUGAUGUGGUCGUUAUCUUUAUUUUUUUUAACCUUGUCUUUUUUUUUAUCUGUGUGUAACGAGAGGUAACUGUAAUUAAGAAUGUUUUGAACGGAUGCUGAAAAAAUCGGCCGCUCCGGGUGGUCUCUUUUAACUGUUUGCUUUCAGUAGUUCAUCAAAAAUCAUCAACUUCUUUGAAAUGCAUUCAAGUCGGAAGUGUGAAUGAAAAUGUCAAAACAACAAAUAUUAGCGUACAAAAAAUAUUUUGCGAUUUUCGUCUAAAUUUCAAUUCAAAUUUUUUUUGAUUAAGCUGCAAGUCUUUUUUUGUGAUUCGAUUUCAAACAUGGUUUGAAACAAUUUUUGCUGGAAGUAGGGAAAUCGACAAUACGGAGUUUUUCAAGGUUUCAACAGCAUUUUCCCAAAUAAAAUUGUGCAUCAAGAACUGCGCACAUUUCAAGGGAAUGUGUAAUUUUAAACCUCUAAACUAUCGAAAAAAACCCUUUUUUUGAAAUAUAAUAUUCAAAAAAAUGUUCGAUUUAAAAAAAGCGAGUUUUCAAGCAUACGGUUAUAAACUUGAAAGAAAAAAAUUUGUAAAGUCUUACUUUCAAAAAUAGCUUCGUUUAUUCAUUUUUGUUUAAGAUAAUUUAAUUAUUCAAGAAAAAAAGAACUCUUUUUUGAGUUUUUGUGAAAGAAAAUUUUAAAAAAAAACAGAUUCUUGCGGAUAAAAAAACUAGAUUGGACAAUAGAGAGUCACAACAUAUUGAAAAAUUUUAAAAGUUGAAAGAUAUUUCAGAUAGAAGCUGUGCUAGGAGGUGUGUUCGACACUUUCUCAGCCGAAGACGACGACAUCGCGACGCGACAAUCGCCCAACAAACACAGAGCAUUGAACGCGAUCUUCGAGGAAGAAGACGACGAGGAAGCUCGGUUCGUUUCCAGGAGGUUAUGAAGGCGAAAACGGGUGGAGAACGAAAAAAAAGGUUUCUUUUUCGCGCUAAUUAUUUUUGAACCUUCAAAUCAAUCAUCAAAUCAUUUAUUUUGUUGUUUUAGUCUGAUGUAAUCGACUAGGCGGUGAACAAGAACUUUCAAAGCUAUAACGAACAACCGCCUUUGGCGAACUAGAAGUCCAAACGUGUAGUUGAUCAAGUUCAAAGCAUGGUCUUACGGUUCUUCGCCUCGUCCUUCUGCGCGUAGUCCAUCCAGUUGCGCCUUGACGAGCUCAGAAUGUAGUGGAUGUUGAGCUGGAGCCCGGAGACCGUGCUCUAGGUGGAAGCCUCAGAAUGAGAGCGACCACUUCGAGUGAAGAUUUUACACGGAAUCUUCUCGAAGAAUUGAAUAAUUUUCUCGCAAAAAGGGUUUAUGUAGCUUCUUCACCUACCUACUUGCUCGUAGUGAACAAAAAAAGUAAAUAAAAAAUUGGGAGACGCUUUUGAAGAUUCAGCAGCUUCGAAAGCAUAAAUUUCGAAAGAAACUGACGAAAAGCCUUUUCGAAUUAAAUCUAUGUUUAAGAGAAAAACUCCAAGAAAGAUUGGACUUACCUAAAUCAAGGAUAUCUUUAUAUAUAAAAAAGACUGUUUUUUAGUAAAAAUUGUAAUUUCCUUUUUUUCCUUCGUGAUCUCUAUUCACAAUCACUCGUAGUUGAAAAUUUUUCAAAAUAGUUUUUGAAAAAAAUGAGAAAAAAAUAGGUCAUUAAAAUAAUUCGCAACCAUUUUUUUCCCUCUAAAAAAAUAAGACAAUUUUAUUCCAUCGAACUGAAGAUAAUUUUUUUAACCAAGAAAUAGUUUCAAAUUCAUUUAUCCUAUCACAUAUAUGAAAGGAGAAACGCUAUCACAUUCGGAGCAAACAUAUUUGAAAUGAAGAAGCGAGACAAUUGACGGAUUCAAGAUCGUUUAGCACGGCGAAAAUGAAAGAUGGGGAGCGGAAUAAGUAGCUGAUCACAGAAAUAGUCGAUAAAAUAACAAUAAAAAAUAUGAGAUCGGCUUUUGUUGAUCCGUAUAAUAUUUGAGAUGGGGCGUGUUGCAGAUGGAGUAGUUGUGGCUGGUUAUCGACGAAGCUGAAAAAUGGUCUUUCAAUGAAUUUUCGAUUAAUAUCUGAGAAAAGGGAUGAUUUUCAGGACGAGCGACAGAGACGCGGUCUUUUGCGAUGUAGAUGAUGAGGAUGACGAUCAGAAGGUGAAAAUCUCAUGUUAUAUGCAGCAAAAAUCCAAUUUAUGUGUUUAAUUAGUAUAUUGGAUUGAUUCAAAAGAACCAGACAGAGUUUGUUUGAAACUAGCUCAAACAUUCCAUAUUUCUCCUAAAAAGGCUCUCAACCUGCAAUUUCUUCUAAAAUCCACUUAGAGUUAACUUUGGGUGGAGAAAGAAGAAGUUUUUCAAAGAAAAUAUUCAGCUUCAUGUGCACAUGGAGCAGCAAAGACAAGUAACAAAACAGGAAGAAGAAGAGUUUCAAAGAGAGUUGGACCGGAUGGUGGCGGAUAAUCUGAGGGUGAGCGUCCAAACUCGAGUCUCGAAACGUUUCCAAACUUGCAGUCGAGCGGCCCGACCACGUCGAAUGCCUUCGAUAUGACGGUACCGCCCUCGGCAAGGCAUCGUUUCGAACGGAGCGUCAAGUUCGGUUAGUUUUAACGUAUUUUGUUUGUAAAGUGGCAAAGAGAGUCAUCUCUUCAAGUGUUUUUGAAUAUAUCAGCAACUCUCUACGACAAUAAUCUUCUGAACUUGACUGCUAGAAUAUAAACACAAUUUUUAUGAAUGUUUUUUUGAAUUUUUUUAACCUGUGGACAUGCUAGCUCAGGAAAUCUUCUUACAUUUGGAUAUUUUCCAUAAAAAAAUUAAAAUUUUGAUAAGAUAAAAAAAAACAAAAAGAAAUUGGUUACAAGUUUUUCUCUAUUUCCCCGAAAACUUUCAAAUGAUGUGAUCGUCCAAGGGAAAAGCUCGCAAAUCAGUAUCAAAUUCCAGUCACAUUGUGAGGAACAAUUUCUCUCCUAUGACUGUAAUUUCAAGUUUCCUGAACCCCGUGUCUAUUUUUUUUUUUAGAAAAGCUAUCUUUUUACAUGCCCUGUGUUGUUAUGAACCAUGUCGGAACAUGUCCCUAGCGCUCAGGUGGAAAUGUGCCAAGAGGACUUUCUCUGACAGCCCUUAGGUGUCUGAUUACACGAUAUGUCUGUUGCCUUCGCUCACGUCCGACGACAUUGUUUGACGAUUCACGCGAGCCAGGUGUAAUUCGAGGACGGUGCGAAAUUGAGCUUUCAUCUACAUAUUCAUUUGUUGGAUGGAUGCAAUUUCGACACCCAGGGUCGUUGGAAAUUCUCAAAAGAUGGAAAGAUAUGAGUCGGUUUCAUAUACUUUGAGAAGGCAUCACUUUUUCAAUAUUUCCUGACAGUCUUUCAGGCUGACAGAUAUUCGAAAUAUAAAACAAGAAACUUAGGAAAACUAAUUCAUACACAUAUAUCAAAAAUUUGGAUUGAGUGUUUGUAAAACUCAAAAUAAAAAAUGUUUCCAAAUAAAAUCUUUUAUUUAUUUUUCAAAUUUCUAAAAAGUUGUAAUAAUCAUAAAGUUAACAAAAAAAUUAUUCAAUUUCGAAAAAAACAAAGCGUCUUUAAAUCCCCUUACAUCUCUCAUUGAUCUCUUUUUUUCGUCUGACACGGAAAAUCCGGCAUGUCUUUUUGUGCGGUUAACACUUGUUCUCUUUGACGAAACGCGACAAUGACAUUUGCCUGCCUCCCACCGCCUGAUCAAUCAUUUCUUCUCAAUACAACUCUGCGGAUCCUUUUGAUCGAGUUGGAAAAAAGGAAGAGAAGAAGCGCCCCUGCAGAGUAUCGCAUUGGAGAAGGAAUGAUGAACGAUAAGUGAACUGGCCAGGAAAGAGCUUCCACUUUGAAAUAUUUCUCGUCGUUAAGCUUUUUCAAUCGACCUAAUUGGCGCACUUCAGGUCUUCUUGAUGUUUUAAAUCGUAGGCUUUGAAGAAGAAAUACUGCUUAACUAUUGUCUUAAACGUCUCAUUAUCAAAUACUUUCACUUUUUGCGAAAUGCGAAGAAUCAAUUUUUGAAAAUUGAUCUUCGCAGCUAAAAAUAAUAGAAGUUGUGAAGAUAUCCAGUUCAACAUAAGAAGGAAAAAUAUUAGAAAAAGUGAAGUUGAGAAAAAAGAAGCUGCUGUUUUUUUUAAAAAUUUAUUUCCAAGUUUUUCAAAAUCGUUAUCAGUUUGAUAAUUCUCAUUACAUCUUUUGGAAAUCGAAAUUAUAAUUUAAGUUGAUCUCUAAAAAAACUAAGAUGCUCGAGAAAAGAGCUUCUCCGGUGAAAAAUUCAACUUCCUUCAAAUCUAUCAAGGUAAACCCCUCUAAUUGGAUUCUGGACGAAACUAGGUCUCAGUGUUUCUUCUUUUUCUCGUGAAAUUCGUGUCGGACAGCUCAUUUCGAAAAGAAACGUCGUUUUCGUGGGCUCUUGCUACUUGUGUGUGUGUGUCUCUGUGUGUACAUCAUCCGCCGCCGCCCAGGGUUUUCACUUAUUGAGUUUGCCUCGCGAAGACGACGACCGACCGACGAACCGACCGACGAUGGCCACAACCCGAAAAAUGUUGUUGAAAAGCCCAGAAAUCGUUACUGGGAGAGGCCAAGACAAAUUCUUCUCUUUUUUCUGUUCGCGCAAUUGCAAAAUCUCGUAAUUACCUAUGAAUAACUGCGCAUUUUUCAGCGCUACUAUUAAUCUCAUGCAUUUCGCGUUCUCGACCUUUCGGUGCCAAAUCAAAUUUUCGAAAACCCUUUUUGAAAAGGUAGUGGUAGCCUUUUGAGGACGACAAAAAAUUUCCCUAUGAAAUUGCGAUUGAAUUUUGUGCCUUCGGGGCAAAAUAUGCGCAGCGACACAAAGUUCCUCGAGGGUGCAAGCCUCCGGCAAAAGCGCGCGUGUGUGUCUGUGUAAGAAAAUACGGGAAGCAGAGGCGGUGGCACACAAGAAAAAAAUGGAUGUGAAAACGAAGACGACUUUGGAUUUUAAUGAAAGUAGAGUUUUCUUCUUGUUGCAGCAAGCGCCGAGCCAAACGAAAAGCCUAAAGGGCCGACGUUCUCCAUGGCGGCAGCGAAAGAAACGAUCGCCACGACGUCGGCACAGCCCAACAAGAAGGUGUCUCUGAUGACUCGCGGCAAGGGAAACAAGGUUUCUUCUUCAAAUAACGAAGGAACAAAACGUAAGAUUGAGACAUUUGUGAGAAAAAGAGUGUUUUGUUCCAUCAAAGACUGUCUCAAGAAAAAGACAAAGAACAAGUCAAAAACUCGACAAAACGAAACCAAAAUCCUCUGAUAGAUAAAGAACGAUUCCAAAAAAGCCGACGUUUUCCCAUCUUUUUCAUAAUUAUUGUCUAGUUCUCAGUAGUUCUCUCACGCUCAUUCGAGAAAGGCAAAAACGCUCGAAACUCCAGGCGCAACUCAAAACGGUUCAAAUCGACGACAAGGCUCUGCACGAUUCUUGGAAGACGGCGCGGGAAGACGAGGAACGUGAACGGGCCGACAUGAAACGCGUCACUCUCGGCCACACUCGCAGGAUCCAGGCCGAGGAGGACAACGAACUGUUCCAGUCCAUUCAAAACCCUCGAGCUGGUCAGAGGACCAGGAAAUUGUGA